CUGCCCUGUGACCUCGAGCCCGGGGCCCGGGGGGUGACCAUGGCUCUGUAUGUGAAGGCGGCCGCCGUCCUGGGGCAGCUCGAGGGCAAACGGGGCUCGGUGAAAACCCUGGUUUAUAACAGCGGCCACAAGAACAUUAAGCAGCUCUUUGCGCUGGUGUGUGAAACAUUGAAGUACACAUCUGUGUUGAACGAAAUUAUUACCACAUCAGACUUGCUAAAGAAGGAGAAGAAGUUGCAGAUGAAUGUUGCCAAGGUACUGGUGUAUGACUUCCUGUUUGGGAAGGGCUUGAAAUGUGGUGGCAGUUGGAAAGUACUGAUCAUGAAACAUCGUUCCCAAUUAAAAUCAGCACUUGCCAGACUGAAGGUGAAAAGAAAAGUGAGCCGCAAUGAGGAUCUUAUCGAAACAAAAGUUUCCAGUAAGGAAGCUUAUCAGCUGCCUCGCUACGUUCGAGUGAACCUACUGAAGAGCAACACUGAAGAUGUGAUUGAUUACUUCAAAUGUGAGGGUUAUACUUAUCUGGGGCAGGCCACCAGUAUAGCUGAUCUGAGGCAGAUCGAUCGGAAACAAUUCAUCAGUGACCUUCACCUCUCGGAAUUGCUGGCUUUUCAUCCAAAGACAGAUCUUCAUGAACAUUUCUUGUACACAGCCGGGCAUAUCAUUCUGCAGGAUAAGGCCAGCUGUUUACCAGCAUAUCUCUUGAGCCCUCCAGCAGGUUCUCACGUGAUUGAUGCAUGUGCAGCUCCUGGGAACAAGACCAGCCACCUUGCUGCUAUUCUCCGUAAUAAAGGGAAACUCUUUGCUUUUGAUCUUGACACCAAACGCCUGGCGACAAUGGGCACGCUGCUGUUGAGGGCUGGAGUUACAUGUCAUGAACUGGCCAAUCAGGACUUCACGCUUGUGGAUCCCAGCGACCCCAAGUACCAGGAUGUGAAUUAUGUUCUAGUGGACCCAUCAUGCAGUGGCUCUGGAAUUGUUAACCGCUUGAACCAGUUCACAGACGAGGAGUCAUCAUCCGCACAACGCCUACAGGCACUUGCAAGUUUCCAGUACAAAGCCCUCAGCCUUGCCCUGAGCUUUCCAAACGUGGAACGGGUCAUUUACUCGACAUGUUCAAUACAUUGUGAAGAGAAUGAGGAUGUUGUCAAGGAGAUACUAAAGCGACAUGGCAACCGAAUCAGAUUGGUCAAUCUGAUGCCGUCAUGGCCUUUACGGGGUCUGGACACAUUCCCAGAAGGGCCCUGCUGUAUCCGUGCAACACCCAGUGACACCUUGACCAAUGGGUUUUUUGUUGCUAUGUUUGAAAAGCAGCCUGGAGAGAAAGAGACUGAGCAAAGUAGAGAAAGCAUUUCUGAAGGGGUGAUAUCACUUCCUGCAGCUGACCUUACUCCAUUGAGCAUAUCAGAACAAACACCUGUGGCUUCCUCACUAUCUGCUCAGUCCAGGAAGGCAAAAGUAAAAAAGGUGAAGAAACGGAAAGUCAAGUCAUUACAGAUUUAAUUGCAGCUGGUGUGGAUGAGAUGAAACGAAUGUAAGGAUCCAUUGUGGAAUACUUUAAUGGGGGUCCUCUAAUCUAUUUGUGAUUGAUUCUGACAAAGCAACAAAAAAAAAAUAAAUGGGACAGGUCGUCUUUCUUUGAAUACGAAUUUAACCCCAUUGUUUGAUAUAGACGAAGAAAGUCCUCAGUCAAAUUGGGGUUAACUGAUUUCUGAUGUGUGGUGUUUCUAUUUCCUUUCUCUGCCCCACCACUUACAGUGGACACACCUCAAUAUUAUCUUCCGACUGCAAUCAUUGUGGACAGCAAAGUGGAAGUCUAAUAGAGCUAGGUGUUUCAUCAGCUCUGGGGAUUUAUAGCUAAUUCUCAACAACAGUUGCCUGUUUGUAUACCUGAGAAAAUGUGUAAAAUAACUUGCUCAGUCAGAGCCUCGCGGAUGAAUUUUUGCUGGAAGUGUCUGCAAUGAGUCUAUUUGGCAAUUACUUUUGUUCGGUAUUGUAUAUGGUCAGUUACAUUGAUAUGUAUUCCUUUUGUCAGUUAGAAUACCAUCUGAAAUGUAAUUAGAAAAAUAAAGCACAACAGAGAAGCCAAAGCUAA